UACACUCCAUUUCAAUAUUUCACAAUUAGCUGAUAUUUAGUGAUAUUUAACCGUUGCUUGUGUAGCAUUUUUUAAAACACAAAUUGAGUAUUUUAUUAUUCAUAUCAAAGAUUUUUCUAAAUUUGUUAAGACAUGGAAGCGGCAGAAGAAGCCGUCAUUCCUGAUACAGAAGUGAGAAGAACUCGGUCAGGUAGGACUGUAAAAGCACCAUCAGUAACACCAACAAAGACAAGUCGGCGUACAAAAAAGAAAGUAGUUCUGGUUGAGGUUGAGGUAUCUGAUGAGGAAGAAACUGAUCAGGAUAAAACUGAAAAAACACAAAACUCAGAUUCAGACAACUUGUUGGUGGAUUCAUCACAAGAAGAAUCACCGCCAAAAGAAAAGUCAAAUAAUGAUAUUGAAAGUGAAUCAGAGACAGAAAGAAGAGAUCCUAAGAUAAGUCUAGCUAAAGGAAGUAUAAUAGACAAAAAAACAGAUGUUGAAAGUGUACCUGAUAUUUUAGACAACAGUCUAGAAAAUAUUACUAAUGGUGAAAAAAGUACAAAUAAGAUUGGUAUAAGUAAAUCUGACGAAAUUGAAAUUCUUUCAAUGGAAACAAAUGAGACGGAAAUAAUGGAUAGUAUAAAUGUAAGAGAAGAUCUUUUUGAGGAUAGAGUUGAAAAAUUAGAAAUUUCUGAAGAAUAUUUUAAUUCUAAUAUCUCUCAGCAGCUUGCUGAUUUGCAGAAUGAAAGUGAGUCACUAGAAGCAGUUGGAGAUAACACAAUGGAAGUUGAUGAACAUAUUGAUGAUGAUGAUUAUAUUGUAGAGGAAGUUCAAGGGGAAAAUAGUGAUGAUCUGGAUAGUAUCAGGAAAGAAAAACAUAAAAGUGGGGAUGAUCCAGAUACCGAAGUAAUAUCAGAAGAUGAAUUACCUGGUGUUCAAGUGGCCAAAGUUCCAGAAACUGAAGAAGUAUCUGAUGAAGAGUUGCCUGGUCCAAAACGUGCUGAGCUUCCAGCAGACACCGAAGUAGUAUCAGAAGAUGAACUACCCACAGUAAAAAAGGAGAGUACAAAACGUAAAUUGGAAGAAGGUGAUUAUGAUCCUGGCUCCCCAACUUCAGAGAAUGAGGCACCAAGCAAAAAACCUGCCUUAGAUACCAGUCAUGAAAAAGAAAAAGAAGAAAAAACAGCAAAGCCGAAAAAAUUGCCAGAAUUGGAUAAAUAUUGGAAAGCUGUUAAUGAUGAUCCCACUGACUUUACAGGGUGGACAUAUUUGCUCCAAUAUGUUGACCAGGAGAAUGAUAUGGAAGCUGCACGUGAGGCUUACGACGCUUUCUUGUCCCAUUAUCCCUAUUGUUAUGGUUAUUGGCGCAAAUACGCCGAUUACGAGAAAAGGAAAGGGAACAAAAAAAAGUGUGAAGAGGUGUUGGAGCGCGGUUUGAAAGCCAUUCCUUUGUCAGUUGACCUGUGGAUCCACUACUUGACCUACGUCCGGUCCGCGCGGGCUGAUGACGAGGAAUUUGUUAGAUCGCAGUAUGAGAGGGCACUGUCCGCAUGCGGACUUGAGUUUCGCUCGGACCGUUUAUGGGAUAGCUACAUCAAAUGGGAGACGGAAGGCAAGCGGCUUCAGAACGUCACGGCCAUCUACGAUCGUCUCCUCGCUACACCCACCCAGGGAUACACAACACAUUUUGACAAUUUCCAAGAACACAUUGCAUCGCAUUCUCCAAAUAAAGUAUUGGAGGUAGAUGAAUUUUUGGCGCUUCGCAAAGAGGUCAAGCAUAUGCUUAAGCACGAGACUAAGACCGAAACGGAUACUGAUGCUCCACCUGGUGACGAUUCUUCCAGCGAUGUUAGUUCAGAGGAAGAGAAUAAAGCAAUUAGGGAGAGAAUAGUAUCGAUUAGACGAAAGAUACACAAGAAUACAGUUAAUGCUGUAACAUCUCGCUGGAACUAUGAAGAAGGGAUAAAACGUCCCUAUUUUCAUGUCAAACCUCUUGAAAGGUGUCAGUUGAAGAACUGGCAAGAUUAUCUCGAUUUUGAGAUACAACAAGGCGAUCAAACAAGAAUAAUUAUUUUGUUUGAAAGGUGUUUAAUUGCCUGUGCUUUGUAUGAGGAGUUUUGGCUCAAGUAUGUGCACUAUUUGGAGGGUCUUAAAGACCCUGCAUUGCAGCCUAAGAUAAAGGAUGUUUACGAACGCGCUUGUACAAUACAUCAUUUGAAAAAGCCUAACUUACAUCUUCAGUGGGCUAUUUUUGAAGAGUCACUGCAGAAUUUUGCUCGUGCAGCAGAGAUAUUAGUCAACUUGGAAAAAUCUGUACCCAAUUUGCUGCAGGUUGCUUAUAGACGUAUAAAUUUAGAACGACGUCGUGGUGAUUAUGACAAGUGUUGUCAACUGUAUGAACACUACAUAAGCAAUUCAAAAAACAAAACAAUUUCAACUAAUUUAGCCAUCAAGUAUGCCCGUUUCUGCCUAAAGAUUUUGAAGAAUGCGGAAAAGGCAGUAGAAAUAUUAAACGCUGCUCUAGCUAAAGAUUCGAAUAACCCACGAUUGUAUCUUCAGUUGAUUGACAUUCACCUUCAGAAGGACGAUAUCGACGAGGCUGAGGUGCUUUCCCUGGUAGAUUCUUUUUUGACUAAGGAAGGUGGAGAUCUUGAGCAGAAGGUUAUGUUUGCUCAGAGAAAGCUAGAAUUCCUGGAAGAUUUUGGUUCGGAUAUUCAGGCGGUGCAGAAGGCGUACGAAGAGUAUCAAAAAUAUGUCAAACAGAGUAAGGAAAACAAGAAAAAGGAAGCUACAAAAGUUGAAAGUACUGUUAGUAAGAAAGACAAGAAUCCGUCUCAGACGUCUUCUCAGUCAAAUUCGUACGGGAAUUAUGGUAGUUACGGAACGUCAGGAUCGGGAUCGUACAAUCAAUACUCUGGAUCUCAGGGGCAGUAUAACUACUCCCAGUAUGGCCAGGGUGACCAAUAUCAAUAUCAAAAUUGGCAGUAUCCUCAAGGUGGUUACGGUGGUUAUAACCAGUGGGGAGGUUACGGGGGCGGUUAUGGUUACUGAUGCCCCCGUUAUUAAUAUUAAAAGUGUACAACCUAUUUUCAAAAUUGGCAGUGAGUGAAUAUGAUAUUUUGGCUAGUUUGACUGUUGUUAAGGAUGAAUUCAGUUACGAAGGGUUAUGUAUAGUUGAAGACUGUAGGGUGCCACUGGAAACUGCAAUGAACAAUUUUUAUUAUCUGACUACAAAGAAUAAAAACGUUCUAUAAUAAGGUACAAAAAGAUAAAAACUUCGUGUAUAUCCCUGUAGUUAAUGGGUUAUCUUUUGUGGUUGCUUUUAACUUUAAGACAAUUGUAAAAAC